ACAUGAGGCUUGCAGCCAGAAACGUAUUUCUGAACAAGAGCUUGAGUGCGAAAAUAGCAGGAUUUGGUCCUAGGCAAGGUGAUGAUGAGGAUGAGUCAGGCAAAAAGGAAAGAAUCCCCGUAAAAUGGAUGGCCCCUGAAUGCUUGAACAAAACUGGAACUGCCUCUGAGAAGAGUGAUGUUUGGUCAUAUGGAAUAACCAUCUGGGAAAUCUUCUCCAUAGGUGCAACACCUUACGAAGAUGUAAGAAACAGAGAUCUUCCGAAAUGGAUCAAACAAGGAAACCGUCUGAGUAAACCUGAAUAUACCGACGACUAG